CGUUUGGAUCUGGUACGAAUUUUUUUUUUAAUUUGCACGUAUCGGAGAUUUUUACCGAUCAGGAGGGAGGAGAUCGAAGCUUCCGAUUCAUAAAACUGCCUCACUCUUCCCAGAGACUCUUCAAUUUUAAGGUUUUGGAUACAUGAUCAGAAUCGCGAUUCCGAGGGUCUCUUUACGAUUCAAGUAGUAGAAGUUGAGAAAACGCAUUAAAGAAAGGGAUGUGGACUAAUGUUUUCAGAAUCGGAGGUCUACAUAACGUUUCUUGGUUUCAGUUUCUUCCAAGUGAAGCUGAGCUGAGUCCUGCCUCUGAUACAAGUUCAAGAGCUGAGCAGAAUGAUGUUGCAACGUAUCUUGUGCUUUCAUCUCAUCUUCGUUUGCAGAAGGAAGGCUUUCUUACCACAUGGACCAAUUCUUUUGUUGGACCUUGGGAUCCUUCUCAAGGCUUAUACAACCCUGAUGAAAAGAUCAAGCUUUGGCUUUUUCUUCCUGGCCGUCAUUCUUCAAUCACUGAUAAAGCUAAGGCUGCUGUCUCAAAACUUAGAGUUGUUGCUUCUGGAAUCUGGGUAGCACCUGGGGACUCGGAAGAGAUAUCAGUUGCCUUUUCACAGUCUUUACGUAAUUGCAUUGCAAGAGCAUUAACUGGACUUUCCUACAUGAGAUUUGGAGAUGUUUUUUCAAAAUUCGUCCCUCAGAGUGAAGAAUAUUUGAGGAGGGGACAGCCUACUGUUGAAUUCAUCUUUGCUGCUACCGAAGAGGCAGUUUUUGUCCAUGUCAUUGUGUCUGCCAAGAAUGUCCGGACACUUUCAAGUGACGAUGCUGAAAGACUGUUAAGGAGUUCCUUGAAAAACUCCAGUUAUAGGCUUCCCGUGAUUGUUUCUCCUCAUGGUAUGCGGGGCAGCCUCACUGGAUUCUGUCCCAGUGACCUUGUCAAGCAAGUCUACUUCAGUUCUGGAAACAUGGGGACUUCGAGUGGAUAUAUUGGUCUCCCUUCUCAUGUUGGUCGUGGGUCCCAUCUAAUAAAUGACAAUCAUUGUUACGUGGAAGUUACACUUGGUAGCUGCCAAAGUAGAAAUGACAACACAAGUCAAACUAAUUCGACCUUUGCGGUAAACUUGCCCCAUAAUCAGCGUCCUGAACCAUCAGUUGGGAGUAGAGAUCACCGGAAAGGACAACCAGAUAUCUUAUCGGUGCGUGAAAAAAAGUUCAUGUAUCCAGCUGAGGCAGUGCUUGUGCCAGUCUUACAGUCGGCAUUUGCUAAAUUUUCUUUGAAAAGAUUUUGGCUUCAAAACUGGAUAGGACCAUCACUGGCAGGCUCAUCGUUAUUUAUGCACUGGGGUGGUGAUUUUGACUUCCUUGGAUCGUCUGGAAAUAAGAGUGAUGGGUUUUAUGAAAAAAAUGGUGGUUAUAGUAGCAGCGGCAGUAGCCGUAAUAGUAGCAUUAGUUCAACAAGUAGUGCUUCUAGCGGGAGUGAUUGGAGAAUGACUUCAAGAACUGGUGACCUUGAUGCUGAUGCAGAUUCUUUGACGUGUAGGCAGUCUGGUCUAACUUGCAAUGAUGAUCGGCCAAAAUCGGGUUCCAAGCGGUCGCGAGCAGGGAGGGCAGAGUCUUUCGGUCAAGUAGGCAUUGCAGAUGAUCAAAUUGGCUGGGAUUGGGAUGACGAUGGUGAUGAUGAUGAUAGAGGAGUUGGUAUGGAUAUCAAGGCACUUCUUUCAGAGUUUGGAGACUUUGGUGACUUCUUUGAGAAUGAUGCGUUGCCUUUUGGGGAGCCACCGGGCACAGCAGAGUCACAUACGCUAAUGAUUCCUCCAGAUUCUGCUGAAGUAGGUUCUAGUCCAGUGGAUAUGAUGGAUGUAUCAGACCAGAUUAUUUUUCCCGAUGGCUUUUCCUCUUUUGAGAGCUUUAAUCCUGCUCCCCCUAUCAUAGAUGAGUGCCUUAUCAAAAGUCAAGAAGUCAUCAACAACAGUGUCACUUCAGAUCAUUUAAAUCAAAUGUCAAGCUCUUCUACUGGUGAGUUUGAUCAUUUGAUAAAAGCAGAAGCUAUGAUGACCUUUGCUCCUGAGUAUGGAGCUGUUGAAGUACCUGUGAGCGAGAUUUCGUCUUUCAAAAGCCCAUAUCUCCCCAAAUCUCAUAUAGUGGAGAGUUCAAAUUCAAGAACGAGUAACUAUGUUUAUGGGCCCACACCACCGGCCACCGAUUGUGAUGGAGCAGCCGACAAGAAUUUACUUGGAUCAAAAGCGUGCAUUGGUAACAAUGAUGGCAGAACUUUGUUUCAGUCGAGAGACUAUUACACUCAAGUGGAGGGCAGAAAGGACCAAUAUAACAUGCUACCUACUGUAAUUAGCGACAACAGUAGUACAAAGGAGGGUGUUUCUCAGUUAAAAUAUUCAAACUACAGUGCUGUUAAGACCGUACAAGGGAAAAAGUCUGACGGUAUAUCUGCUGUUGUUAGUACUUUAUUAUCUUCAAAGACCUUGUUGGCAACAGACGUGGGAAGCUUUAUGUUCCAAGCUUUCAUGUCUAGGAUGCGGCACAUAAUCAUUUCUUCGAAGCACAGUUCACCAGUUAGUCUGACAAGGCUUAGUGGAAACUUAUUUCUCAACCAGCUGUCAAAUGACCCCAGUAGCCUAACAGACAACAUAUCUGCAAGGAAUGAGAUAUAUAAGAAAGAAAUACCAACUAGAAUAGCUGGAGAUUUCGACGGAGGAAUGUUAGAUAGCCGCAUGAGUGCACCAGUUGGCGUGUGGCGGACUGUUUCAGUCCCAAAAACAGCAAAACCUGCUAGCUCGCCAAAUAUUGAAGCAGGCUCAUCCUUGCCCCAUAGUUCAUUUAGCGAAGACAGCUUGCUUUCUUACGGCCAAAGGCAGCCAUUGCAAGAACUCCAAGAUGGAAUACCGCUACUUGUACAGCAAGCUACUUCUUUUGUUGAUUUAGCGCUGGAUUCAGAUUGUGGAGAUGGUCCUUAUGGCUGGCUUGCGCUGGAAGAGUUAUGGAGACGGGAACUUUCGUGUGGGCCCUCUGCUGGCCAUGCGGGUUGUGGGGGAACUUUGGCUUCCUGUCAUUCUCUGGAUAUUGCUGGUGUCAAGCUAGUUGACCCACUCUCUGCUGAGGUUUUUCCUUCGUCUGUCAUUACUCUAUUGCAAUCUGACAUCAAAACAGCUCUGAAAUCUGCAUUUGGUCAGUCAGAUGGGCCAUUAUCUGUGACAGAUUGGUGCAAGGGUCGAAAUCAAUCAAUGGAUGGGGGAUCUAUGUCCGAGGGAUCUACUGCUGAGUCAUCCCUGCGUGAAGUGAUGUCAAUAGAUGGUGGGAAGGGAGAGGAGACUACUCAGAGCCAAGAUAUAUACAGUUCAGAAUUACUCCGACCGACACUUUUUGUUCUUCCAUCACCUUCUAUACUUGUCGGGUACCAAGAUGACUGGCUUAAGAUAUCAACUAACGCCUUGCAACAUUGGGAAAAGGCCCCUUUCGAGCCAUAUGCUUUGCCCAAAAAUAUGAACUAUACUGUUGUAUGCCCGGAUAUAGAUCCUUUAACUAGUGCUGCUGCUGAUUUCUUCCAACAACUUGGAACUGUUUACGAGACCUGCAGACUGGGAACCCAUUUGCCACAUAUCCUGGGAAAUCAAAUGGAAACUGACGCUGGAAAGCUAUCCUCAUCUGGAUUUGUUCUGCUUGAUUGCCCUCAAUCCAUGAAGAUUGAAAGCAAUAACACAUCGCUUCUGGGAUCUCUCAGCGAUUAUUUUCUGUCUUUGUCGAAUGGGUGGAAUGUGACUAGCUAUCUAAAGUCUUUAUCAAAAGCGCUGAAAGGUCUAAAGCUUGAGUCUUGCCUUUACACAAACCAGAAAGAAGGAUCAGCUAGUCCUUGCAUUGUAGUGUACAUAGUGUGUCCAUUUCCCGAUCCUUCGUCAGUUUUAAGGACGAUCGUCCAAUCGUCAAUUGCACUUGGAUCAGGAAUACAGCCAGAUAAAGACAGGAGAUCGUUACUUAACAAUCAGGUUGCAAGGGCGUUUGGUAGUUCUGCUGCUGUAGACGAAGCAUCAAUAUCUCAUAUUCCAGUGCUUUCGGGGUUUAGUGUCCCUAAACUAGUUCUACAGGUGGUGUCGGUUGAUUCUAUUUUCCGGAUAACAAGUCCGAGCUCUGAGCUUGUCAUUCUCAAGGAUACUGCCUUUUCUGUAUACAAUAAGGCUCGUAAAAUUUCACGAGGAAUGGCUAAUGAUGCAAUUCAAUCGUCCUCUUUAUCAAGCAGAUCCUCUUCAGCCUUGACACCAUUGAGCUCUAUUUCAGGAAUCUGGAAAGACUGUGUUAGUUCUCGAAUGACAAGUUCUACACAUCCAAGAGAUGGUGAAAGGGAUAGUAGCAUGAGAACGAGUUGGGAUAGCUGGCAAAUGAGAAGACCUGGUGGAUUAAGCUGCGACCCAAACAGAAAUGAAGAUUUUUACCUUAAUGAUGAAAGUUUCUAUUUAUUUGAACCGCUUUUCAUUCUUUCCGAGCCUGGUUCAGUGGAGCGUGGAGUUUCACCUACUUUUGGCGGCCUAGGUUCGGAGUCUUCAAAGCCAAUACCUGAGGAUGGUGGCAGAGGUUCUGGACUUGGCGUCAAUGCAAUGGAGGGUAUAACAUCAGCAGGAUCAAGCUCCCAGGGGGAUGCAUCCCAGGUUGAAGGAAAGACUAUUCCAAGUUUACAUUGCUGCUACGGUUGGACAGAUGAUUGGCGAUGGCUUGUAAGCAUCUGGACAGAUGCCAGGGGUGAAUUGCUUGACACACAUAUAUUUCCCUUUGGUGGAAUUAGCAGUAGACAGGAUACGAAAGGGCUGCAGUGUCUUUUUGUUCAAGUUCUGCAGCAGGGAUGUCAAAUACUACAGGCAUGUUCCUCCCCUGACAAUGGAUCUUCGAAACCCAGAGAUUUUGUCAUUACACGUAUUGGCAAUUUCUUUGAGCUUGAAUACCUAGAGUGGCAAAGGGCUAUAUACUCAGUUGGAGGUCCUGACAUUAAAAAGUGGCCUAUUCAACUUCGUCGUUCUGCACCUUCUGGCAUAGCCACCAAUAGCAGCGUAUCUUCCUUGCAACCGCAGGAUAUGAGUUUGAUUCAAGAGAGAGCCUCGUCAAGUAGCACACUCUACAGCUCUCACUCAAAAUCAUCCACCUUUGUGAAAGGCAGUAUGGGGCAAUCUGCUGGAAGAAAGCAGAUAGUGGGUGGACAAACCAUUUCUGGUACUCCAAGGGGUUUGUUUCAGUGGGUUCACAGCAUCAGUUUUACUUCUAUUUCACUUGAUCAAUCUCUGCAUCUUGUUCUCCCCGCUGAUGUGGUAUCUCCUGGAGGUACUGGUAUGAGUUCAUCAAAUUACAUUGAAGGUUUCACUCCUGUCAAAUCUCUUGGGUCAACGGCCUUCUCUUACAUGAUGAUACCAUCACCCAACAUGCGGUUUCUUCACCCAAGUCCUCUUCAGCUUCCCACAUGUUUAACUGCCGAAUCACCUCCGCUUGCUCACCUUCUUCACAGCAAGGGCUGUGCAAUCCCCUUGUCUACCGGGUUUGUUGUUUCAAAAGCUGUGCCUUCCAUGAGAAAAGACUCGAGAAUAAAUAUGAAAGAAGAAUGGCCAUCAGUUCUCUCUGUAAGCCUCAUUGAUUACUAUGGUGGUUAUGACAGCGCUCAUGACAAAAUUCUUCAAGGAAUCAUGAAGCAAGGUGGAGGGACCCAAGAAACUAGAGAUUUUGAGGUGGAAAGCCAUCUUAUCCUUGAGUCUGUUGCGGCAGAACUCCACGCUCUAUCGUGGAUGACUGUAAGUCCAGCAUAUUUGAAUAGGCGGACGGCAUUGCCUUUUCACUGUGAUAUGGUUCUCAGACUGAGACGUCUGCUUCAUUUUGCGGAUAAAGACUCCAGACUACCAGAUAAACCAGGAGUUUUUGAAACAGUGCAGAAGAAUACAGAUGAGACCAACCUUUCCGUGAACUGCAUCCUGACCUUCACUUAGGUUUCUCGGGCUAGUUCAAUAGUGCUGUACGUUAUAAAAGUAGGAAGAAAUGGUGUAGAUCUACUCUAGAUGUAGUCCAAGUGUUUUAUUUGGGGCUUAUGAAAACUGUAAAAAAAAAGGCAUUUGCGGCGUGCUCAACUGGUUCUGAUUCAUGUUAGGUGCAUAGGCUAGUUUUCUUGUUACCACCCCCUGUAUUUGUAAUUUUAACUUUUUUUUUAAACACUAAU